GAACGAGUUGUUUCACAGAAUGGAAUAUUUAUAAAAAAAAAAAAAAAAAAUUAAGGUGAUCUCCAUUGUUUACACGACCGUUUACACCAAUUAUAAUAUUAAUUAUUAUUAGGGUCAAUUGUAUAAAUUUAUAAAUCAUAAUUUCGAUGUGAAUGAAUGUGAUGCGACGAGACUAGCAAUGCCUAACAAGAGCAUUGUGCUUGUCAUUCAUAAGCAUUGCUCAAUAAUGUUAUUAUAUUAAUAUAUCAUUCAUGAUUGUGUCAUUGUAAAUUUAUGUAAAUUGUAGGCCUAAAACUAAAUAUCUUCAAGCCAUGAUUCAAAGAAUAUACUACUAUAAAUAACAAUUCGAAUGUCUUCGUCAAUCAAUUUUCAAUGCUGGCACUGACAAUACUAAUAGUAGUAUCAAUCCAAUCAAUAAUUAAACUACAGUACUAUACAGAGACAGGGUAUUGGUUAUUGAUAAUCUUAAAAUGUCUAGGUUGGUUAAAGUUUAUGAAUAAACUGCUUCUUCAGUCUUUUAAUAAAUUAUUGCAUAGGAAUUCUAUUAUUAGCCUAAUUAUUAGUAGGAUAUUUUAUAAGUGCAGCCAUGCUAUCCAAAUUAUCCCAUUUUUUACGAGUAUAUCCAUCCAUCAUUUCACCUUUUAGGUCUACAGCCCAGGUAGGGCUUUGGCUUGCUGUACCACCUCCUUCAACUCAGACUUAACUGAAACUGAUGCUUUUUGCCAUGCUUGGAUUCCCACAUGGUCUUUAUAUCUAAUUCUAGGUCUGCCUUUGAGCCAUUGUACUCUGUGGAUUUGAUGGUGCACCCUUUUACUCCUCUGUCAUUUGGCAUUCUUUAUAACUGUCCUGCCCAGCGAAGCCUGCAUUUUUUAAUUUCUGCUCCUAACAUGGGAUCCUGUUCAUCUUCUCCAUCUAUAUUCAUCCUUUGUUGGUCUGUAUAUUUUCUCUCCCAUUUGUUAAAUAGGUUUUCUUACAUUUUUGUUAGGGUCCACGUUUCACUUUCCAUUAUAUCAUAUUCACAAUUUAAACAAUUAUUAAAGACGUCAUAAUAUUAGGCCUAAAUAUUACAUUAAUAAGCCUACAUUCAACAAUAGCAGUAGUGUCAUUAGCAGACCGCACUGGGUGAAACCCUCUUAUUCUCAAGCCCAAGCAUGACACCAAAAUUUGUUUCAAAACAGAUCUAAGUUCAAUAUAAAGAUAGCUGCAACCAGAGCAGGUUUUCUCCAGAGCGGGAUGUCACCAGGGCAGGCAGACGAGGAGGAGGUCCUUGGGGAAGUCUUGAAAGGGUGGGGUGGAGGGGGGACACCAUAAAUAUACUGACUGACACCAACCCUAAAGACACCAUUGAGCUUAUUUAGGCCUAUAUGUUCAUUCUAAUUUGUUGAGUUGUAGUAAUCUGCACUCACAUCAAAUUAAUUCAUAAAAUGCAUAGGCUUAAAAUUAUAAGACCAGAUGAAGAGAUUUUUCUAUCCUAACCUCUGCUUAGAAUUAUAUUUUAACUCAAAAAACCCCCCAGACUUUACACAUUAUGGACACUUAAUUUGUUUUCUAAGCAUUCAUAGUAUCUUUACUCAUGUGAUGAUGCUAUUGAUCGGGUGCAUUGAUAGACUUUGAUACUCUUUAAUUUUAUAUGGAUUUAGUUUGUGAUUUAAAUACAUAGCUUAAGCAUUUAUAUGAAUGUUAUAACUCAGAAAGUUACAACAUCAAAUACUAAGGUUUAAAUGCCAAAAGAAAAUAACCCAAAUAUUAAUCACACAAUUGAAAAUUUUGUUUCAAAAUUCUGAUAAUUUGAGCUAUAUUAUAUAUAAUUUAUAAUAAUUAAUAAUGCUUUUAUCUGAAUAGACUUAAUUAAAAAUUUUAAGAUAUCAAUAGUAAAAUAGUUUUUAAAACUGUUAAUGAAAGCUACUCAAAUUAAUGUAUAGUACAUACAAAUCUUGAAAUUAAUUGUUAAUAAAAUCAUUUCAUACAAUUAAAGUAAUGAUGAUUUUGAACUUGGAUUACAACCUCAUGCAAUAGAUGAUUAUAACUGACUUAUUACAGAACAGAAAUAACCUGAGAUCGUGAACAUUUAUGAAACUAGAAACUUCCUUUUAAAUUUAUUUCACAAAUAUUAGAAGCCAAAAUUUUAAUGAACAUUUAUUUACUAAAAAGUUAUAAGACUUUAAAUGACAAUGACAAUUUUUUAAAUGGAUAUAAGCUAUUUCUAACUUGAUUAUUAUUAUUACUAUUCUUGACUGUGCAUAUCUCUCUUCUCAAGUUUGGAACUCAUUAGAAUGAUAUUUUUGACUAGCAAAAGAUUUUUGGAUCAGACUGAUUUUUUUUAGUAAUAUGAAUUAGAAAACUACAAAUUUAAAGAUGCCAAGGUAUCGUUGUACCGGAGACAUUAUUUUUGAUGAUGUAGAGACGACUCCAGGUCAAGUUUGCAAUGUCAAGUUGAAGGAAUAUUCAGAAACAUGCAACUUUCUUCAGUAUCAGAAACCCCUUACGCACGAGAAACCAUAUUUCUUUGCUCAAAUAAGAACUUUAAGUAAGUAUUUCAAAUUCAAGAUAUCUGCUUGUGAAAUAUUUUUGAGAAAAGUGUUUUAAAAUCCUACUUCAAUGCUAAUAUAAUACCUGUCUAUUUUCACAUACCAGAAAAGAAAAGUAUAGUUUCUUUUCAUUUUAAUUCUUAAAGAUUAAUUUUGUGGGUCUCUCACAAAAUUUUACACUUAUUUAAUUCAUGAGUGAAUUUUAAUGCUGGUAAAAAUUAAAAAGGUAUGUUUUUAAUGUGAAUUCCUUUACAAAUUGUUAUUAGAUAAGAACAGCAAAAUCACCUUAGGUGUUGCUGGCCCUGAUAUUGAACCAGAUUCUCACCCUGGAAACUGGCUGGACUCAGUGGGUUAUCACAGUGAUACAGGGCAAUGUUACACAUCACAUCAACGCAUGGCUAACACUGAAGGAGAAAAGUUUGGAAUCGGUGAGAUUCUUUUAUCCAUGGCCAUAAAAAGCCUCUUAUUAAAGAUGUAAUGGCUUAUUUUCAUGAAAUAUCAAUUUUAUAUUUUAUUUAUUUAACUGUUGGUCUCAUUGACAUAUUUAUCAAAACUGUAAUUCUCUUAUAAGAAGCAAAUGUGUUUGGUUUAUAUUUCUUAUCCAGGAGACUUGUUUGGUGUUCUUAUAUCUUAUUUUGGGGAGAAAAAGUCAACUGUGAUAUUUCUUAAGAAUGGCUUACCUGUGGCAACCAGGUAAUAAUACAUAAAUAAAUGUACUUUUACAAUAAUGAUAUAGCGUGUAAGUUUCAAAAUUGUAACUAUAUUAUAUUUAAAAAAGUGCCAUAGGUGUUUAAAAUUUAAGUCAUAUUUAUUGGGAUAAUACCUUUAAAUAGUUGUAAAAUAAAAAUUCAGGGUCAUUUGAUUACCUGCAUCACAAUAAAAAAAAUACAAAUAGCAAAUAUAAUAAACUACACAAUAUGAUGUCAUAAUGGUUGACAUGAUUUGUAUCAUCAUAAAAUUAUCAUACAUUUACUAUACAUCAACAUUUACACAAAAGCUACUUCUAAUACUCCAGGAAGAUGAAAUUCUCUCACUUUGUGAAACAGGUCAUGUCCUGGUUUGCCUUCAUGAAAGUACAUGUGCACUAAUGUUUUUAGUUUAUAUUGAUUAAAUAAUAAAAUUUCUGUAGGCCUAUCUAUUUAUUGCAUUUCAUAUCAUAUCCUUUACUUUAGAUUCCUUUUUGAAUCAGACCACAGUCGCUACUUGCCUACUAUUUCUUUAGAAAAUGGACCAAUAGAAUUGGGCCUUAUGUGGCCAGACUCAGCAAUAAAUAUACCAAAGUAUAGUGAGGUAAGAAUGAAUACAAUUAUACAAUAUUUUGAUUUGUUCAUUUUAUGGAACUCAAAUCAUUGUACAUUCAUAACAUUCCGAGUAUGGUAAAGGCUUGCAAAUGAAAAUUGUUUUUACUAAAAGGCAUUUGAAUGUAACUUAAUUUCUUUCAAAAUCUUCAAUUAUUUCAUUAGGCUAAAUAAAAUUAUUAAUUUUAAGAAAAACAUGCUGCACUGGAUUCGGCCACUGUCAGUUAAAUAUGAUGUGUCAAAAAAUUUGUUUGAAUACACUGGAGCUGCAACAAUAAAAGCUGAACUCACAAUUCAAAGUCCUCAUCCAUUAACAACAGGUAUGAUAAUGUUUUAAAAAAGGUUAAAUUCUUUGAAAUAAAUAUUUUAACAAUGAUGAUUAAUUAAAAAACAGUACCUGGUAAAAAUAUUUUACAAUUUUACAUUUGAAAGUUUUAAUGUCAUUCAAGUGAAUUCCACAUUCAUUGAUGGAUGCAAGUGUAUACAUUUUGUAACAAAAAUCAGUUCCAGCUAUCAGAAUUCAACUGGUAUAAAUAGAUGCAUCCUGCUAAAAUAAAUUUGAGCAAUGGAUGUCUUAAAAAAUUUCAUCAGAAGGUUAAAGGAAUGAAAGCUGUUUAUGACAAGGCCCAUCAUUAACAGAUUACAGAAGUUGCCAAAGGGAAAGCUUUCCCCUUUUUUUGGGGGUGCAGGGUUAAAGUAAUUUUAACUCAUUUGAUCCAUUUUUGGAUUACUGAAAUUUGUUAUAAAGAAAUUUAUAACAGCAAUUCGUUUGACAUGACAUAAUGGGAAAAAACCAACAAAAUUAAAUUUUAUUUUAAAAAAGUUUACAUUUUUCCCUUAUCUCAUUCACACCUUUGUGUAAAAAAAAAAAAAAAAAAAAACAACAACAUUUAAAACAAUAAAUCUCUAACAAAUUUCUUUAGAAAUUAUGUAUGGAUAUGCCAUAUAAAAUAUAAAAAGUGCAUCAAUCUGGCAAAUUUUAUAUAUACUGCUAUAGCAUAUGUAUGUUAUACAAAUGGGUAAUCAAGGUAUUCCAAAACCUCACAAAAGACAGCUAAAUUUUCAAAAAUUUUCAGCUUCUUAUCACAUAUGGUUAUAGUCUGAUAUCUAAUGACAUGGGAUAAUCAAGUACAGAAAUAUAAAUUAGCAUCAGCUUAUUUUAAAACUUAAUGGAAACCUCAGUUUUUAUGGUCAUAAAAUCACGGUGUAUCACUUUUUUUUUUUAAUACACACAAUAAAAAAGAACCCUAACCUAACUCCUAAAACUAAAAGAAACCACAAAAACAGCAUCACUGAUUUCUUGUAUGAAAAUUCCUUGGAAAUAUAGUGGUUAGGAUCAUUUUAUAAAAGUGACAAUUAUGUACCUCUAAUUACUUCUCUCUUCUAAAUUUUAUAAGAAAUCCAACAUUAUGAAGUCAUUAUACGUGAAGCAGAUGGUAUAGUUGGACCUUCAAUAUCUUUAGCAUCUUGCAGCCCUAUGGUUCCUUCUCCUUCUUCAACCCUCUCACAAGAUUAUAUUAGAUUUGACCUAGAUCCUGAUGGUAAGUUUUCAACUAAGAUUGUGCACAAAAAAAAUUGAAAAAAACAAACAAUUUGUUUAUUUACAUCUCCCCUUCCUACAGUUAUGGAAUCUGUGUUUUUCUUUAAAUUUCAUCUCCUCUCAUUUGGAAGUAGUACCAGUACUUCUACUUCUAUUAAUUUAAUACAUUUUUACAAAAUUAAUAAAUACUUCCUGGAAGAUUGGACUAGAUUACAUUUGAACAUUAUACAUUUAUCUCAAAGGACUAACUCAAAUACAACUAAGUGAGAAAAUGUUUCUCUGUAUCAAAAAUUUAAGGGCUUAGAUUCAUUUUCAAUUGAUGAAAUUAACUUCUAACCAUCCAGUUUCAAUGUAAUUUGAAUUCAUCUAUCUUUCUUGUGAAAAUUUUGUAUAUCAAAUUUCUUUUAUUAGACAAAAUUGGGAGAGUGGGGGGGGGGGGGGUUUUUUCUGACCUAGUUUCAGCUCUUCUAGCUUGGCUACCAGUACUUCGAAGGAAAUUUGCAAUUGUCAUAUCAUUUAUAUUUUGAUUCAAAUAAUUUAGAAUUGUGAUACAAUGUCCAAAUGUUCUCUAAUUUAAAAUAUCUUUGUUGUUUUUUUCAGUUCAUCAACCAAUGCUGGGACACAGAAUAGGGUGGGGAGUGCACUAUAACCCAGAAACACGUUCUCUAAAGAACUUUAAUCCAAAAGCAGAGCAACUGGUCUACUGCUAUGUGACAGCAGAUACAGAAGUGAUUUCAGGGAAAAUGAUGAUGCAGCCUGAAGGAGGAUUCUACCCAGUGGUGUUGCUAAAAGAAGGUGGUAGGUACAAAUCUUACCAUGCAUUUACACUGUUGUGUCAUAGACUGACUUGUGAGACCCGUCUUGCUGCAUUUGUACCAGGUGAAAAUUGACUGAGGUUGUUAGUCUUUAAAUUUCAAUUUCGAUUCAGCAAUUUUUUUGCCUGGAAGUGCAUGUUUUUCAUUUUGUGCAUCUUAAGAUUACUUGAAAAUCUUUUUAUCCACCAAUUUCGUGCUGGAAAAGUCAUCAGCAAUACUCUCUUACACGCAUUCUUGUAGUGAAGGCUGGACCAUCCAAUUCGUCUGGCCCCUAUGCCAAUUUCCCUUAUAGCAGAUCCUUUCAAAUGUGACUUGUUUCCAUUCUCUUGAUAUGGUGUUGCCUCAUAUGUGCCACUUGCUCAGGACAGAUGACAUAAUGGCAAGUUUCAUAACCACAGUUGGGAGCUAUUACUAUUAAGUUUCUGUUUUUGGCUUUCUGGCUGAUUCUUAUCUUGUUCUGUUAUAUUUAAAUUACACAUUUUAAAAAUGUUUAUAUCAACUUAAUAAGCUAUUAAAUCCACCCUGGAUAAUUUAGGAUAAUUUAUAUCAAUAGCCAUUUAGGAGAUAAAUCACCUCCUAAAACAUUCAUAAUUUAGAGCCUAAGCUCUUUAUAAAUGAACCGCUGCUCUAGUCCAUUUUCUACCCAGGUGCAUUGCAGACUGGCAUGUCUAGUAUCACAACCCCUUGCCCUGAUCCUGAGUCAAGGUGUUAAAGGCAACCUAGAAAAAGCCUCAAGGCUUUAGUUUGGCAUUCAUUAAAGACCCUUAUUACCCCCCCUGGUAAUUAAUGGUUGCUGUCAAAGUGUGAUGUUAUGGGCCAUUUACUAGAUAGAGGGAAUCACCUCCUAAAUAUUACUGACUCUUAGCUCCCUUAAAAAAAAUUUUUUAUGCAAAAUUGUUCAGACAAUAUUUUUUGAAGUAAGUGAAGCGAUUUUUAAAAAUAAUCUUUUAAUGAACCAUUUGACCAUGUAAAUUUUUACAGAAUAUAAAGUUACUAUUGACAUUGUAACUCUUUACAGCAUCUAAGGUUACCAUUGAUGUAGAGACAAACCCAAAGCCUGGAGCACUCGCACGUACAUUGGAUGAUAAAUUUAGGAAGGAGUAUAAUGGAGCAAAACAGCUUUUGUUUAAAGACAAGCUCAUUAGGGGUGAGUUGGCCACAUAUAUUAUAUAUAAGUUUUUAUUAUCUAUUUAGGCUCAAAAAGAUACUGAGUGUUACUUUAGGCAAGGGAUGGUUACUUGGAGGGAAGAGGGUUAAAGGGUUACUGGAUAGUGAAGAGGAAAAAGUAUUUGAGGAGUAGAAGAAUUAAUUGAUGGGGAAAUUAGGUUGGUUUUGGGGGAGAAAGUAUGGGGGGGAGACGGAAGAGGUUGGAGGCUUGUAGAUGAUUCAGGGAGGGCAGAUGAAGAAAUUUUCAAAAGCUUCCAUCUAGUAUAAAUAUGCUGAUCUCCUCUAUCUACUUUGAACUGUGAGACAGAAGUGAAAGACUCUAUGCUGCGAACAUCAAGGGAUGUUGUUGUCACAAUAAAAGAUCAAUAUUGUAGCCUGAAGCUGCCUGAAGACAAGACUGGCAUUCAUGUUGUACAAUUUAUGAAACCUCUUGUGGAGGACAGUAAUUUCUUUUUAAUACGAGUGACUAAAUUGCGUAAGUAAUGCAAGAUACUAUACAUUUACAGCAACAAAAAAAUGAAAUUACCUUACCGGUACUCAUUACUUAAAAAUUUACAGAAAUGACUACCUGGUAGGCCUACCUGUUUCAUGUUUGUAUAAUAUAAAUACAUGAUUUUCCACCACCCUUGUGGUGAAUAUGAAAUUUUUUCAUAAAGCUGUCCUUUAUCAUUUUAAGGCUGGAAUCAAAACAAUACAAUGAUUUAAGUAUAUUUCUAAAUCAUUUUAGUUAAUUCCUUUUCUUAUUGUUUUUAAGAAAUAGCUUAUGUUUAAUUAGAUUAAAUCUCUUUUGAAGAUGAAGACUCAGACAUGGGUGUUGGAGUUGCUGGGAAAGACUUCCCAUUAAAUAAGUAUCCAGGCAAAGUUAAACCCUCAGUGGGAUGGGCUUCAAAAGAUGGAAAAUUUUACAGAAACUGCAGGAAUGAUGGAAACUUAUCAGGGGAAAGAUUUUUCCAAGGUUAUUAUUAAUAUUAUACUUUUCCUAAUUUUCUUUUUUAAAUGUACCGGUAACUCUAAAUAUAAAGAAAUCUGCUUUAUUAGCUUUAUUUUGAUUUUUUUCAUUUUUUUAGUUGUUUUAUAUUACCAAUUUGGAGUUGUAAGGUUUAUGAACAAAAUAUUUAUAUGCUGGUCACUGGAAUCGUACUUUUGUCAUCUUCUAAAACUUAUUUUAAGUACUGUACAGACAAAUAUUACCUACAUUUUAUAUUACCGGUACACAUUACAAUAAUCAUUUUUGACUUUAUACUUAAACUUAAAGGCAAUCUGGUUGGAGUUGAGAUGGAAGCAUUUGCAAAAGAAAUGUCAGUGGCUCUUUUUACCAAAAAUUUACGCCCAGUAGGGACAGCAUACUACACUCAACGAGUGAGAAGUGAGUUUUUGCCAACAAUAGCACUGUGUGCUAAUGGCCAUGAGGUGAUAGUAGAGGUCUACUGGCAGAACAUGAUGAGAGGGGCUCCAGUGUUUAGUGUAGUAAGUUCUAUCAAUUGUUAAAUAAGCAUUGAUUUGCCUGUUUAGUGUAGUUAUAGUUAGCCUUUAAAGUUUCAUUAUUAAAUGAAUCACAAUUUAUCGUCACCAAUGAGUUAGCCAAAAAACUUUUUUUUUUAGUUUCAUUUUCAAAAUAUUUUAAAUAUAUCUUUUUAGCUGUUGAAAGCUUAAAUUAAAUUAAAUUACUUAUGAAAAGUUUGUAUCACCAAAUACUGUGAACUUGACAUUUUUUUUGUUAUAGAUAAAUCUAGACCAUUGGUGCUUACCACCUGGUUCUAAAGUGGACUCCAGUACCAACACAGUUUAUGUUAAGGACCACAAUACCCCUGUUUGCAUUCAAGCACCUUACAGUUUACAUAAAGGUUGUUUGAUUUGUAAAUGAAUCUUAGCACUAAAAAAGUACCGUAAAUAAAACAUCUAUCAAGAUUGGAUAACAAUUUUCAUGUUAUUUCAAGCUUUUUUUCUUUCAUCUUUUGGGAAAUCUUUUUAACGGAACUAAAAUAUUUAUUAUCCAAACUGUAUAGGCUAUAAUCACUUUGAAGUGGAACUUACUCAUGAGUUUGGACCUGGCAGUCCUCCACCAGCAAUAGUUCUGUCUACAGCAACCCCACUCGACCCUCCUCCAAAUUCUUGUCUUAAACUGGACUAUCUGAGAUUCUGGCCAGUAAAUGAUGGUAAGUUUUUACUUUUAUGACUAUUCAACCUCAUACUUAUACAUUUCGUAAUUUCUCAGACUAUAAAACGGCACAGCCCAUUACAUAAUCUUACUAUUUUGAGAAUACUAGUAUAAAAAUGUUUUAGUUAAACAUGGCUACUAUUCUGUAUUUCAGCAUAUAUAUAAAACAGUAACAAUUUGUAAAAUCUUUGGUAAAAUAUAGUUAUAUACAAUUUUUGGUGAAAGAUAAGUUUAUUAGGCACACUUCCCUGUCUUACAUUAACGUAGAAGUAUCAAAAAGCUGUUGAGAGAUAGGCCAAGUGGAAUGUUUGGUGUCAAAUAUUUUGUAGUCUUAAUGUCUUAGUCUUAUGAUGCAUGUCAAAUCUUUCACCUGGUCUAUUACAUCCAACUCUCAAUGACUGUAUCUCUCUCUGAUAAGAAGUAGCAAUGUCCAAUGUACACUACACAGUACUUUAUUAUAUAUAUAUAUGUUACUGGUACAUAAAUCACAUGAUUCCUUGACAUCAGGAUAAUGUUAUAACAAUUAUGUUGCGAUGCAUAAAAUAGAUCUACACAGGCAACAAGCCCUACAGCGAAUCUAAUCCAAAAAUACUAUCCUCUCUGUCGCUGGCUCUAGCUCACACUCUCUCUAGAUCCUUAUUUCACUCUGAUGCUCAAAGCCGUUGUCUUCCCUUUUAUCACCCAAAAUUGAUGCACCCGUCCAUGACUUGAAAAGAUUUCACACUCGUUCACAGAACCCAACUGUCACAAUAACAUCACACACUUCAUCGCUGAUUCAAUUACCUCGACACUUGGAUGUUCUAUCAAUUAUAGAUUUCCGCCAUUUAAUAACAAACCCUAUUAGAUAAAAAAUUUUUGAAUUGGGAGUGACCCAAUCCACAAAAAUGACUAAGAAUUUAAUUGGAAAAAAAUGAGAUUUUAUUAAGGUUUCAAUACCAGUGCCUGUAAUAUUAAUGUCAAUGAGCAAAAAUGUCAAAAGUAAUAGUUAACUGUAAACCCGGUAUAUUAUACAUCUAAUUCUAAAUCUGAUUCAUCAUGAUUCCCUAGCAAGCACUCUAGUCCAGGUUGGCGACUUAGUUGGCUGGGGAUUGUUAUACCUUGAUGACACCCUGCACCAUGAUGAGGAGCAGUUGGUCAUUUGUUAUCUAACUGUCAACCGCAAAAUUCUGCUAGUCAGGGUUGUAUACCAGCCUCCAGGAGGCUUUUACCCAUUAGUAGUUUUACCACCAAUGUGUAAGUAAAGUGCAUUUUCAUAUUUACAAUAAAAACCAAACAAUUUAUCCCUUGUUUAAGCAUUAUUGUCAUAGGUAUGUAUUGUAAUGUAUAAUUACAAAUUGUUCAAUAAGACAGCUUGUGUUUUUUGUGAAUGAAACCUAAGAAAAACAUUAGGAACCAAUGAUUUAUUUUAAAAUAUUAAAAAUAUUAUAUUUUCAAAUAUCAUUGUGUGCUUAUUAAUGAAAUGACACAUGCUCACAAAAAUAGCAAAAGGAAUCUCCUGCCAUAUUUCCAUGUUCAAUUAAGAUCAUAUUUUUUUUAUCCACCUUUGAAUUUAGUCAGAAAUACAAAUAAUAAAUCGUAAAUUAAAUCUUCCACAUUUGCCUAUGAUUUGUACUAUUUACUUUUAUAGUGAACGAUGUGUCUUUGGAAUUCACUGCAACUAUCAUCAAACAUCACCCUAUUACCAGUCAAGAUGUAUCCAUUCUCACCAGAGAUGCAAUGGAAUUAAUGGAAAAAGAAAGGGAAAUACUAGCCAAUGGUGGUGAUCCAUCAUCAGAACUUGCACUAGAGGCCUUAUUUCGAUCCCUGCCAAGCGCCGAGUUUAAUGAAAUGAAUGGGACUAUUGGUAACUCAACAGGAGCAAAGGAAGAAACUGUGAAAGACACUAGAGUGGAAAAAAACGGUAAAACUAACAAAAUGGCUACAACAAUAACAGAGAAGUCCACAAAUGGAAAGAAAGUUAAAAGAACAUCAUCAAAGCGCUCUAACAGUGGGGAUCAUAAGAGUUCAAGGAGUUGUGCUAUUUUCUAACUAGCCCAUAGUAUCGGUAUCAUCCUGAGUUGUUAGUUAAAGAUAGAGGUACCUGGUAACUAGUAUGUAUUUUGUUGUGGAAAAAAAUACCUGAAUGGAAGAGUUCUGAGACAGCUUUUAAAGCAGCUAUUAGCACAAUUGUAAGGUUUAAACAUGAUUACCAUGCUAAAAAUGAUUUUAGCCACCUAAUCAUGUAAAAUUCAACGUCUGUGUUAAACUAAUGAAUUAAUUGAUUUUUUUAAACAUAUCCAUAGCAAUAAAAUGGUAUAUUUAAAAGUUUAAUGGGAGAAACAAGGACAUACAGAAAAAGGCAUGAGUCUGUAAAUAUUUCUAUAGUAUACUGUAACUCAAGUUCAAAGAGCUUAACAUGUACAUUUAAAAAAUGGUGUCAGUGAGCCACUGAGCCUAAGCUCUUAAUGCUCUCCCCAAAGCAAACCCCCUUAUUACGAACCGAGUCUUACUUAAAAGGUUCGUUGGUUUCGUUGUGUCUAGGGGUUUAAUUUAUGCUCUUCACAAAACAUAGAUUAUUAAUAUUAAAAUACAAAAUCUUUAUUCAUUAAAUCUCAACUGCCAUUACCCUAAGAAAAACCACAACACACUAAUACAUCAUUUCCCUUUCGCGCAAUACGUCACAAAAAUAUCAAACAUUUAAUAACCUCUACCCAAAUACCGGUACUCUCCAAACACGCAAUCACACUAUACAUUUAAGUCCUUAACAUACCCCCACCCCCGUUCAAGCUCGAAAAGUCCCCUAACUAUCAGGCUGCGAGAUAUCCUCCUGCCCACCCGCUGUAAUGAGUUUAAUGAUAUAGUUGCAAUGUACAUGAAGCAUCUCAAGUUUUGCCCUUUUGGAUUCUGGUUUUCAUACAAAUUUGGAUAUUGGCGUUAGUAUAAAUAUGUUCUGUAUCACAAUUCCAACAUAUAGUACCUGGUAACACUCUUUGGAUGUACAGUGGUGUAGUGUUAAUUAAACUGGUAAUCUUCAAUCCCUGCAUUAUGCAGUAGGGAUUAAAAAAAAAAAGGUAUGAUCGAUAUUUAACAAAAUAAUUUGGUUAAACAAAAUUGAAAAGAAGCUAUAAUCUCUUAGUGUUAGAAUGUGAACAAAGUUUUUACCAAGUAAAACAGAUCUAAAUUUGAACACUUUAAAAAUACAUCCAAAGAGAGUUAUUUCUUUUAUUUACAAUUUACAGGUAAAAAUUGUGACUAAAAUAUAAGCAUGGUUGUGAAACUACUGUCAGAUUAUUUUUCUGCCACCACCACACAGGUAUUUAAUAAAUUACAUCGAAAAAUUUUAACUCUGCAAUUGUAGAUGUUAAUAGAUGGAAUGAACUGCCUUUGCCAUCUUGCACUAUAAACUGUUAUAGUUAUAUGUAUCUAAUUAAUUACCGGUAUUUAUAAUUUUAAUGCUCUUUAUGUUUGACAAGGUUUAUACUUGUACACUUACAAAAUGUUAUUUAGUAAUGUAUGAGUAUGAGAUUACAUGCACAGUAAUCAAAUUAAUUUUUGCCGUUAGUUCACAUUACUCAUUUAAAUUCAAGUACUAAUAACUUCAACUACCAUACCCUAAAAGUUUAAAAGAGAUAUCGAACAGUCACUGGCAUAUCGAAUUUAUAGAAAAACUGACUUGGAACAAUUUUGUUAGUGUUCUAUCCUACAUUUGAUUAAGGUUGUACUUGUACCAUAUCAUACAGCACCAAUUUGUGCCAAUAAUUUUUAUAACAAUUUUCUCAACUUUUACACCAGCUGUAUUCAUUUUAUAUUUUAUACUUACACAGCUUGGUAAAUGGAAAUAACUAAGUACCGGUACCCAUAUACCUAUUAAUGUUUUGACAUUUUACAAGUGCCAUUUUCCCCCAACAUUCCAGUUUUGUUUAUAAUGAACAUUUAUGUUUAUAUGAAUUACUUAACUAUUAACUUGUAUCGAAUUACAGCAAUAUGAAAAUAAAAAAAGGACCAAUAAAAUUCGAUGACAU